AUGGAUCUCUUACCGCGGGUUACUUGCUGGUCUGCAUUUCGUAGCGCCAUUGACAAACGAUCAUCCGACUGGACGUGCAAAGACACGCUCGGGGAUAGAAGACCAAUUUCGUCCCAAAUUGUCGGUCACAUGCAGUCUAGCGAGCUGCGCGUUCGAGAUCGCAUCGUCCUCUCCUUGGAUGUCAAGAAUCUCCUGCUCUGGAGACCUACCUUUUCUGUACGUCUACAGUUCAAGCACAGAAUUACGCCCUUUGCAAUGAGCAACGCCAAACAGGUUAAUCCGUUUGAUGAUAGUCCUGGUCAAACCUCACCACUCCUUAAUCAGGGGCAGGAACACGCUGCUGGCCAGCCUAGAGACAUCCGAAUGGGAGAAACUCAGACACUGGAUGGGCCUCCAGUCUACCAGCAUCCCUACUUCUCUAACGAGGACAAGCACAGCUCAGCGCCUACUCUUGUCCAACAACCGGCGGUCGCCCCGGUGGGGGUGGCUUCAUGCGCUGCCAGUGUCCGGAGUCGUGCAAUAUCGGCGGCUACAGAAGCCGAGUGGUACGAGACGCUUAGAGAACUUCAAGAAAACUUGACCGAUCUACGCCGUGCUCGAAAGCGAACAUCCAGACUCGCUACAAUAUCUCGUGUCACUCCCCAGUGCCUUCGCCCCCGUAACCAUGGGGUAGAUGAGAGUGCUCGAGAGGCACGUGUGUUAGAAGAACUUGUUCUAGCGGGGAUGCGCCGUCUGGCAAUUAUUCACCCUGAUCCACUCGUUCAAGCAGAAUGGGACAGUCGUGCAGAGCAGUUUUCCCGUUCUAUGCACUAUGAUGAUGAUGGAACUGCUGCAGAUGAAGGAGCCAUUGCUCUUGACGGUGCCGAAAGUGUAGCUGCUGGAGACCUUGAAGGAGCUCGUGCCCAGCGUUCUGGACGCCGCAUUGCAAGGCUUGUUGCAAGGGACGAAAAGGACACCAUGUUGAUGGGUCUGGCAAAGGGGGUCGGUAUCCUUUUAUUCACGCCGGUGGCAUUGGCUGGUGCUGGUGUUUUUGGUGCCGGGGUGAUGCUUUAUGCGUCAGGAAAGAUAGUCGUGGAACUUGGCCACAUGAUGACGUUUGGGAGACUGCGUUGA